AGUUGUCGUCCUUGACAAAGAUGGCGUUCAUUGUUAAGGAUAUAUGGAUUAUGGAAUCAAACUGGAAAUAUGAAUCACACAAACGUAACAACGCGUGGAAUUUUCUUGGAUGUGUUAGAUAGAAAAUUAUAUUAGCCAAUGCAUCAAAUCUUGUACAACAGAAUUAACACUUGGAAAUUUAAACAGAAGGACAGUUGUGACCUAAAUUGCGAUAAAAUGAGCCAUGUUCGCCCAGUUAAUCUCAGUGUGUGUCCUGAUAACUUCGGUGGUUAUUGCUAAGGAGCUAGGCUGGAUGGAAUGGGACAAAUUCGAUGAGCUAGAUUUGCAGUUUCGGAGUACAACAGGAGAAAACUGCAGAUCAAAGAGUAUCAAUGAAUUAAUCAUGCCUGAAAAUGUUAUAACACAGAUUCCAAAAUAUAACGAACUACGUACCAAAGUCUUCUACAAAAAUCGGACAAACCUCAUACAUCUGCAUAAUAUGGCUCUAAACAGAGCUUAUUUUUAUAGUUACAUAUUCCAAAGAAUGAACACCUCUGGAACUUUUAGAACACUCCCAGAUUUACAUUAUACUCACCUGUCAGUUGCUGCGGACCUCAAUGCAAAUCCAACUGUUAUCAAUGGAAGUGCGCUGUAUUUCGAUAACAAUUGUUACUAUCCAAACUGGUUGACCAACUACGAUAUAAACCAUACCAUUCCAUUGUUUGCACCUCGAGCCUGGAGAUGGGACGAUACAUUCGACAUGGACAAUCACCUUAGAGAACCGACUCUGAACACACUUUUCCUAUUAGAUGCGGGUAGUGGUUUCAAUAGGAAUUAUACAAAAAGAGGUUUCAGAAUGAACCCCUGGUAUGAUUUCUGGCUACCUGACACACAACCCAUCUAUGAUUCAACAUACAAAUUUACUUGGAGUGUCAAUCUAAAGUUUUCCAACAGCACUGGAGUCUUUACGCAAAACACAUUUGAAGGGUUUAACUUCUUUGGGUCAAAUUACCCUGGAACUAAUGACCCGAUUGAAAAGCAGCCAGUUCGUUUCACCAGACCAUACUUUGACUGUGGACGAUCGAACAAGUGGGUGGUGUCUGCAGUAUCUCCGAUAGCAGACUUUAUGCCUCGAUACAGCAACUGGACUCACCUCAGACGACCAAGAUUUAUUGGUGCUGCUGUAAUGGACACAGAUUUUGAGAAAAUAGAUUUUAAUCCUUGUGGAAUAAGUGAUGGUAAUCCAGGACCAAGUUUUCUGGCAGGAAUCCACAAAUGCAAGAAACACUCAGGGUGCAAACACCGCAGCGGUUUUGGUUUUCGUAGAGGAAGUUAUAGAUGUAAAUGUCGAUCGGGAUACAGGUAUUCAAACGAAUUAGAAAAGCCUUAUAUGGGUUCUGACAUAGAAGAGUCUACAUGGACAGAAUACCAACAAGGUUUCAACUGUACCCCUACUGAUCAUCUAAAUGUUUUACCAGCAAUUGAUCCAAUAGAGAGUGUUUCUAUUGAGUUUUUCAAUGAAGAAUACAAUACUGGUGCCAUUAAAACAAGAUCAUUGAAAUCCACAACUAUUCGAAAAUCAACCCAAUCCAAAACGAAAAGAAGAAAGCGUUAUAAGCGGUCUCAUAAGGACAGACCUCUGUUUGAUCCAUUAGCCUAUGACAGGGUUCUAAAAAUAUACCGUCAGAAAUCCAUGGUGACGGGGUCAAACUGUCAGAGCCUUCCCCCUUCCACUUUGAUAUUACCCGGUGACGUGGGAUAUGGGGUAGAUAGGCAAUUUAAAUAUCAGGCCAGCACGGCACUCAGACUGAGCCACUUCUUGUCUGCUCACCUGCAGACAAUGGAAGAUAUGGAUUCUUUUGGACAUAUUCGUGGAGGAUCUCGUCUUCAUCAUGAACACUUGUUUGGAGAAGUUUUGGCUAAUGUAAUGGCCGAUUACAAAAUAUUAUCGAGUGGUAUAUAUUACGAACCCUAUAGCUUCCGAAGUCCCAAUGAAUCUUUUCGUGAAUUCUUUGGUCCGUAUGCAUACAGACACAAAGAUGAAUUUUAUGCCCUUGACACUGCUGGGCUAGAGAAUCAUUAUACAUCAGAGCUUUGGUACAGAGAAGUCAAAUCCCGGUGGAAUACUAACACAGAUCAUUUACAAACCUUCAGCAUUCGCUCCAUGGUGCGAUCAGAUAUUAACGGCUCCAGUUCUAUCAGACAUGAACAUUUUCCCCUGAUCUACAAAGCCCCUACCAUAGCUCAGGGUCUUUGGAUGCCUCCCAAGUUUAAAUGUGACGGUAAAAUUGACUCGUGGGUUAUGACGUACGUUGUGCCGUUUUUUCGCCGAAUUAAGUUGUCAGGAAAAGUGCAGUUUACGGGAGUAGUGACUGUUGAUGUUCCACUAGACUUGCUGGAGAUAAAUGCAUGUCCGCAGCCAUUUUAUGUGAAUAAUGCAUUCAAAAACACAGCUCGAUGCCACACACAGUCCACAAAUUGUCGUCCAAAACGAGGGUUCCGCUUUUCUCGCACGGCGUAUGCUUGUGACUGUAAGCAGGGGUACGAGUAUCAGUUUAAGGACAAGAAGCGAUGGAUAGCUGGAGCCUUGAUUGAGCUGGAGUAUCAGAAAAAAGUCAGAGGCUUAUUUAGCAGAUACGAUUCCCUGAGAUGCAGAAUAUCAUCUAGUCCAAAUUUAUCAAUCAAUGUUGUUCUCAUGCUUUCUCUUUUAUUUUUCCUUUAUUUAAUUUAAUAUUUAUAUUCUAUUACCAAAUACUCAUAUUGAUUUGUGUUAUUUAUUCCCCUUAUUGAAUUCUAUGAAUUCAACUAAUACAUGCAGUAAAUUAUUGCUUACAUAUAUUUAUACAUUGCUCAUUAAUUUCAAAAGUUUAAAAUGACAUUCA